AUGAGUACUAGCAUGGAUAGCAACCAAUUAAGAAUAGCAAACAUUGCAGCCACCUCGAUUUCCGAAAUUUACAAAUACUCGACUGACUUAAAGAUGUAUGAGCAGGCUAUAUCUAUAUUAAAUAACUACAAUUCUAAGGAUCUUGAGAUGUGGGUGGAAAGAAAGUUAAGCUCCAUUUGGUCAAAUGAAUCAGUAAGAAAAAAAUAUGGGAAGAAGAAAUUUCCAGGAAAUAUCUAUCCCGAUCUCGAAAAACGAAUGAAAUUUGAAAACAUUGAUGAUUUUGAUAAACUAUUUUAUUUGGUAAAUGAAAAUGAAGGUACAGAAGAAUAA